AUGCACAAGAUCUCCCAGUUCACAGGCUCAGCGCGGCAUGGCUGGGACCGCGUAUCGCCCUCGAUGAGCUUUGGCAUGUCUAGGCCGCACUCCCAAGCAGACAUGGUCCCGCCCAACGCCAAACGCCAGAUGCCCGGCUCCAGCAUGAGCCCCAACCCUGCCGUGCCCGGACACCCCAUCAACCUGUCCUUCAACGUGCCCUUCAACUCGAAUCUGCCCGGUCCGGAUAAGGAGGAUGUGCUGUACAGCAGUACCGGGGCUUAUCAGCGGUGGAUUCAUCCGGAUGGGGCUGCAGAGGACACGCCCAACCAUGCUCUGCCCGUGCACACACGAAAUGUCGAGAACCUACGGAGUCUGUGCAAACAGCUCAGUGAGAGCAGUGGGGAGAGAGUCCAUGCCACCGUUACUUCUUCAAAGCCGAAGCCCGUGCCGGGUAUGCAGCGAGGUCCGUUGACGGCUUUGGUGACAAACGUGUGCAUAUCAGGCGAUUCGGACGUAGUGCAUAAGAUGCGGGCCAAGAUUCUGAACGAAACCCCCAUCACGCUGCGCUGCGAGACCAUCGAUAUCGACCGCGAAAUAGUCUUUCCCAAAGGCCAAGAUGGUGCACGUACUGAUAUUCUUAACCACAUGGAUGAGAUCGCGGAUCAGACGAAAGCAGAUAUCUUCCUGCUCGAGUCCAAGGCCAAGAGGAAGGACUCGGACUCGAUGAGCUCAUUCCGAGGCAUGGAGAAGAGCAUGGACAACAGGCUGAGAGUACACAUCUUCGGCGAUGCUGAAAGCUCAGAGAACGCGAAGACGAGACUUCUGAUCAUGAUUGAUCAAAUUCUCCAGCGUCAGGUGGACACUAUCCGACUCGAGCUUUCCCUGCACAGCCUGAUCUCUGGCCGCCAUAGGAGGAAUGUCAAGCUGAUCGAGUCUGCGACGGGCACAGCGAUCUACUUCCCGCCGAUGUUUCCGACUGUGUUCGGAUACACACCACCAGGGUCGAUUCCACUGAGGAGUCGAGACGAAAUUAUCGUGACGGGAGACAAUAUGGACAACAUUCUCCAGGCAAAGAAGAGGCUGCAUGAUCUAGUGCUGGGCUGCAAGACGUUUGUCAAGGACGUGCAAAUCACGACGAGCAAGGUGGACUACAUUCUGCUGGAACGACUGGACAAGAUUCGACGCAUUAUCGAGGCCAACGGUUCAUACGUUUUGCUGCCACCGCUCGGCAAUCACAGUGGCAUCUUGCGGGUCCAGGCAAACGACAUCUUGAACGUCGAACGCACCGUGCGUGAAAUUAUGGGCUUGGCCGGCCAAUUCUACAGCGCAUCUUGGUGGGUCACGCACCCCGACCCAUCUCAGCGACAGCCGACGCCAUCCGACAUCCGCGCUAUGCUUCCAGACGUCUGCAUCAACUCUGGCGCCGAGAUCACCUUUGAAAAGCUCAACUUCCACAUCAACGGCAGCGACGAUGCCGUCAAAGCCGCCAUGUCCAUUAUUAACACCCUGCCAUUCGUCAAGAAAGCGCAGUCAACUCUGCGCGUCAAGGUCGAGCUCGCUAACGAACACAAGGAGUUUGUCAGUGGUAAGAAGAAUGGCAAAAUCAACAAGAUCAUGAGCCAGAGCAAUGUGCAGAUCGUGUUCGACGGCUUCAACGAGUACAACUUCUACAUCGAUGUCCGCGGAGCUCAGUACGAGGCGACGAAGAAUGGGCUGGACCUGGUGGAGCUGGAGAUGCCGGCGUCGAUAUCAUUCCACGUCCCAGACCAGUAUCAUAAGCGGAUCAUCGGUAUCGGCGGACAGCACAUCCAGCGCAUCAUGAAGAAGUAUUCUGUGUUCGUCAAGUUCUCGAACGCUAUGGAUCGUGGAGGCAUUGGCAAGGACGAUGAUGACAUCAAGGUCGACAAUGUCAUCUGCCGUACGCCUGCGCGCAACGCCGACAACCUCGAGCUCGUCAAGCAAGAGAUCAUGGACAUGGUUGAGAAGGUCGAUGCGGAGUUCGUGUCUGAGCACGUACCUGUCGAUCGUCUCUACCACCGUGAGCUCGUUGCGAGAAUGCCAGAGAUUGAAGAGCUGGAGAAGAAGUGGAACUGUAAGAUCACGUUCCCUGGCACUGAGCAAGCCAGCGAUAUCAUCACAGUCUCUGGACCUGAGUACCAGGUCCCGUUGGCUGUGGAUGAGUUCUUGGGCAUGGUGCCUGAAAGCCACGACAUUGAGUUCCCAUCCACUGAAGAGCUCCGAACCUUCCUGGCGUCUGACGAAUUCCGUGACGACACUGCUCGCAAGCUCAAGGAGCAGUACGUUGUUGAGGUGGUCGUUAACGAGCCUUACAGAGAAAAGCAGGAAGACAAGGAGAUCUUGAUGGAGCGCUUGAAGCUCAACUAUACCAGGAACAACGCUGGCGGACUCAAGGACGCUAUCGACUUCUUGCUGAUGCCUCUGAUUGCUCGCGGCCUGGAUCAGAAUGUCGUCAAGGGCGCCAUCCCACGACCCAAGUCCGACUCCUUCGAAGACAACAUGCCGUUCUUCGAGUCCAAGCUUCUUCAACGAGCCGAGCCUCCUGUGGCCACCGAUUCACCAACUCGCUCAACCUUCAACGGCGAUGACAGCGGCACUCGCUCAAUCUUUGACAAGCUACGCAAGCCAGGUAGCAUGUCUUCGUUCACUUCCUUCAUGGAGCGCCGACGCAAGACUGGCUCCAACUCGCCAUCGCUCUUCAUGCAUGCCUCGAGCAACGCCUCUAAAGCCUCCCUCGUUAGCAUGGAAUCUCGCGACUCUGGCUAUCGCAACCCCUGGAACGAUUCUGGCAUCGACCUCGAUCACGACCAGCAAAACGGACAUACGCACGCCAACAGCUGGGGUUCGUUCGCCCCAACCUCCCGUCCGAACACCUCCUCGAACUCCCUUUCAGGUGCAUUUGAGACCAAGUUUCCUUUUGGCGCUAACGGUAAUGCGUCGACGAGUUCUCUUACCACUCCAAUGAUACCCGGCCUCGGCAUGAUGUCGAACGGCGGCGCGGGACCAAGUGCUGCGAGCGGCUCGGUCAAGGGCGACGUGACACCCAAGUACGAAGACUACGGAAAGGGAAGCUUCACGUCGACUGAGGGACCGCCCUCGCAGCAGCCCAUCUCGCGUCCAACUUCGACCAAUGCCGCGGCUACCAAUACUACGUCUUCUGUUGCGAGUACAACUUCAGGAUACCCGGCCCCCAUCGGGCCUCCGCAUUGA